AUGACGGAGGAAAUAACUGGCAAUUGGAGCUAUUAUGUGUACAUAUCACUAACAUUGGUUCCAGUCUAUUUGGCAUUUCAGCUCAUUAAGUUUUUGGGCUGGCAGCUAUUCGUGAACAACUGA